AUGGGGAAGCCCAAAGCCAGGCCCGCCACAUGGGGGGCUGGCAAGGGGAAGGCAUCUGCUACUCAACCAAGAUCCAACAAAGCCGCCCGUCCAGCCAGCGCAGGACGGACGCGGCUGCGGCUACAAGGUCAAGCGGGUCCUCCUGAGCAGACUCGGCAAGCCGUGCCAAAGGCCCAGGGCCAGGGCCGAGGGCAGCCCCGGGGGAGCCAGGCACGAAGCCAAUCAGGGGGAGGUACUGCUGCAACUCCUCCGCGGCCGACACUGCCGCUGACUGCUCCGCGGGCUGCAUCGCCUCGAUCUGCACCUCCUGCUGCAUUAGGGUCACGUGAAGCUGGUCGAGCACGUACGACAGGAGCGUCAAGCAAGUCCCCACGUGCAUCACGCGUUGCUCGACGAGAGACGGAGGCUCACCAAGAACCACCGCUGAGGGAGGAGGCAGGGCAGGAGGCGUCACCGGUCCCCACUAAUGCUGCACAGGGGGACCGCCAUAGGGGUACCGAUGGAACGACGGCGGGCCAGGUACUGACUGAGGGUUUUGUACGUGCAGGAGAGGAGACGGAGGAGCAUGGAAUACCGAGGGGAGAGGCUGCUGCGGACAGAAGGGCAAUGGAAAACGACGGAGUGGAGUUUGAACUGGCAGUUGCUGUGCUACCCUCGAUGGGGGCUGCGGGGAGGCCUCUGGUGGCUGAUGUUGAUGUGCCUGCGGCGGAGACGGAGGCAAUCCCGAUGUCUGCUGGCGGUCCUGCCGCUGCCUUUGACGGCGGCUCUGUUUUGCCCUCUGCCAUCCCGCGGGAUGCACAGACGGAGGUUGAGGAGACGAGGCUGGGCGCGGAUCUGGAGCUGAUCGCGGAGGUGGCGCUGUCCGCGUCACCGGCACCUGUAACGCCGACUGUGCUGGUGGCAGCGGUGUCUGCUGCGAUUGGGGAGCGGGGCCAUGCCCCGAUGGUGGAAGGCGCGUCGUCUGCCGCUGCGUGCGCCGAAACGCCUGUUGCUGUCGUGGCCGCAAGCAGGCAGGAGCACGGCCAGGCAGAGGGAGAGUUUGCGGGACCCGCGAGCGGCGUUUAUUCCGGCGCUGCACAGCGAGCGCAUCGGUCGUCAUUGUUGAGCCAACGGGAGGUGCGCGAGGAGGCCGAAGCUGGAAGCCGCCCGCUAGGAAACACCCGUGGUGCUCCUGCACUCAAUGCGUCACCAGCGACGGUGGCAUACGCUGAGGCGCCCAACACAACGAACGCCAUCGCGCACAACACCCGCCACGCGACGCGACGAGCGGCAAUAACCUGGGGACCGCCUCGGGGAGGCCGGACACCGUGGUUGCCGGCGGGACGUGGAGCUAUGGGCGAGGGGACGAGAGUGCCAACAGGCACGAGACGGACUCAGCGGGGGGUCGGUGCACAGGGAGCGCGCGGAGGACGAGGGAGAAGGGCACUGGUGGGGGGAUCUGAGAUCCUUGUGCGUACUGGCACCUGGCGGGAACGCCACGAUAGGCCAGAAGCAGUGGAAGUGCCAAUGAAUGAGGAACAGACAUCGGGCUCUGAAGAUAACACUGGCGACCCAGAGUUUAUGUGUGGUGAAGAAGCUGAAUCUGAGGAGGUCUCCCUGGAGGAGGAAACUGGGGUGGACAGGAAUGCUCCAUACACACGUUGA